UUUGUAGUUGCCGGGCAGGCCGACGGUCUGGAACGUGUUUAGCUUAGCUACUGUCCAUAAAAAACAAAAAAACAAAAAAAACAAGCAACAUUCGAAAAAAUAAACGUUCAAACACACAGAGAGGUUUGACAUCUCUUUCGAUAUUGAAAGUAAAGAUGCCAUCUGCAACCACUGGUGACUAUGCUGUUCAGUCCUCCAGUCCAGAGCUGGGCUCUGCUCCUGUCUCGGCUCCUACCGAGGCCCUGAAGCAAGUGCUGAACAUCAUCGAGAAGAAGGUCCGCAACAUGGAGAAGAGAAAGUCCAAGCUGGAAGACUACAAGACACGGAAGAGCAAAGGAGAGCGGCUAAAUCAGGAUCAGCUGGACGCUUUGUCCAAAGCUCAGGAGGUGGCACACAACUUGGAGUUUGCCCGGGAGCUUCUGAAGAGCUUCUCGUCUUUAAACGUCGAGAUCCAGAAGGCGGUGAAGAAGACGGCGCGGCGGGAGCAGCUGAAGCGCGAUGAGGCUGAGCAGCGGCGCCUGAAGGCUGUGCUGGAGGUUCAGUACGUUCUGGACCAGCUCGGCGAGGAGAGCGUGAGGCAGGAGCUGAGGCAGGUGGAACGGGGGACCGACGGGCCUCUGCUCACCGAAGCCGAGCUUACGGGACUCGACGACUUCUACAAGCUGGUCGGCCCUGAGAGGGACCCCAACAUCAGGCUGACUGAUCAGUUCGAGGAGGCGUCCGUGCAUUUGUGGGAGUUGCUGGAAGGAAGAGACAAAGCUGUGGCAGGAACCACGUACAAGGCCCUUAAGGAGACUUUGGACAAGGUACUGCUCAGCGGUUACUUCGACCAGACGCAAACUUCGCACCAGAACGGUGUGUGUGAGGAAGAGGAGGAGGAACAACAACAGCAGCAGCAGCAGAAGCCGCCGCCGCCGCAGCAGCAGCAGCAACCUGCUCCUGCCCCUGCCGAGUCAGCGGAGUGUGAGGAGCAGCCGGCGGAGCCAGAAGGGUCGGUCACUCAAGAAUUCACGGAGCCCAUUGAAGUGGAAGCAACAGAGUUUGUAAACCGAAAGUUCAUUCCAGAAGCCACUUAUAACACCAGUCCUGAAAAAGAGCAAGGAGGGGAAUGGGCCGUAAGCCCCGAGAUCGUAAGCUCCCUCCAGCAGCAGCAGCAGCAGCCUCCUCAGCCUCAGCAGCCUCCUUCCUCGAUGAGCCCGGCUCUGGUGAGCUCGGAGGCCCACUCGCUCGCCCCCGUCCUCUCUCCCGCCUCGGCUGACCCGCUGGUCAGGAAGCAGGCCGUGCAGGACCUCAUGGCACAGAUGCAGGGCACCUACAACUUCAUGCAGGACUCCAUGCUGGAGUUUGACGGACAGUCUCUGGAUCCCGCCAUCGUAUCCGCUCAGCCUAUGAAGUCUGCACAGAUGGUCUGCGCUCCAGCUCACACAGAAACCCGACUCCCUCAACACAGUACAGUUCCUGUACAUCCAGAACCCACACAAGUUCCCAUGGUGACCCCUCCCACCGAAGCGUACGCCUCUACGCCGCCGCUCUACCAGCCUCCUCACAGCACAGACCCUCGGCCUCAGCCCGACCCCAUCGACCCUCUCCAGGUGUCCAUGCCCCUGUCGUCGGAGCAGCCCCCCGCCCCGUCGUCUCAACCCCAGGCCUUUCAGUCCGUCUCGAAACCCCUGCACAGUGGCAUCAACGUCAACGCCGCACCAUUCCAGUCCAUGCAAGCGGUGUUUAAUCUGAACGCCCCAGUUCCUCCCUCGAAUGAGCUGGAGUCUCAGAAGAUGUCGAGUCAGUAUCAGAGCACUUACACCCAGAGCUUCAGCAGCCAGCCUACACACUCGGUGGAGCAGCAGGAGCUUCAGCAGGAACCUCUCCAGUCAGUUGUCGGAGCGUUCCACUCUCAAGACCAAGGGAUUCCUUCCUCUGGGGGCCACCAGUCGAUGAGCCAGCAGCCGUCGGGUCAGGGUGCGGGGUUCGGGCGCCAGCCUCAGUCUUUCUACGGCAGCCGAGCCAUGCCACGUGGAGGUCCCCGGAACGCCAGAGGGGCCAUGAACGGAUACCGCGGACCAUCCAACGGCUUCAGAGGUGGAUAUGACGGCUAUCGCGCUCCUUUUCCCAACACUCCCAACACUGGUUAUGGACAAACCCAGUUCAGCACUCCACGGGACUACUCGAGCAGCACCUACCAGCGGGAAGGAUAUCAGCAGAGCUUCAAGAGAGGAGCUGCCCAGGGAGCUCGAGGUAGCUCUCGAGGACGAGGCGGACUGUACAAACCCGGCCGAGGGAUGAGCACCAUGGCUGCUGUCCAGACUAGCUAAUCCUAAACACCUUCCUCGUCAACCCGCUCACCAGACUACUCUCCAUCUCCAUCAGUCCGUGUAGCAAGGUGUUCGGGUACACACACACACACACACACACACACACCCCCCCAAGCCAUACCACUCCUAACUAACUUCAAGCUGUAUGUUAUAAAGCUUUGUCAUGCAAUCGCACGCUGUCGAUAGCCUUAAUUCUGUAAAGGAGGAACGUCUGUGCCUUUUUAUUUGUUUCGGAGUUUAAAAUUGGACCAGGUUUGAUGACGGUUCGUCUAUAAUACACAAACGUAGCCAAAAAAAAGAAUGUGAAGUAUGAUCUGUACUGUAAUGUAAUAUGUGUGUUUCUUUAAUCUGCACCGUACUAACGACCACCUGAUGAGUGCUUCAUAGAAUUAAACGUCUUUCAGUAGAGCUGUGGUGACUGUGGUGGAUCUUUUGGAGAAAAAUAAAUAAGCACAUGAUUAACUAACA